GCACGCAGCCAGCAGCGCCGAAAGAGAGUCGAUCGUCGUUCCCCGCAGCACAUUAUAUACACGGCAUAGAGUCAGUGCAGUGUAUACACGGCAUCAAAUUUUGUUUAGCAACCGCUACGAUCACUCCCUCUCUCUCGCUCGCUCAAUCUCCUCCGUCGGAGAUUUCCAAGUUUCUUAGGUUGCACGGUGUACAAAAGGGUAAUUGUAUGAGUCAAAAAAUAGAAAAGCCAGUGUUGUCAGGUCAGCGCAUAAAGACCAGAAAAAGAGAUGAAAAAGAAAAGUAUGAUCCAACUGGAUUCCGUGAUGCCGUUUUAUCUGGUCUUGAAAAGGCUGAUAAUGAUUUAGAUGCCAUUUCAAAGUAUUUAGACACUGCUGGGUCUAAAUUAGACUAUCGUCGUUACGGCGAAGUCCUUUUUGAUAUUUUGAUUGCUGGUGGUCUCUUGGUCCCUGGAGGUUCCAUUGCUCAAGAUGGAGACAAACCAGUUAAAACAACUGCGUGUGUCUUCGCUCAAUCUGAAGAUAUGGAGUCUAUGCGCAACUUCGAACAGGUGUUUGUUAAGCUCAUGCGUCGAUACAAAUACUUGGAGAAGAUGUUCGAGGAGGAGAUGAAGAAAGUUCUUGUUUUCAUGAAGGGAUUUACCCCAAUUGAAAGAAUAAAGUUGGCUAGAAUGACAGCUCUCUGGAUCUCUAAUGGAUCUGUACCACCAACUGUCCUUUCAGUUUUAAUCAAUGAACAUCUUGUAAAGGAUAAUCUUGCUUUGGAUUUCCUUCUUGAAGUAUUUGUAACAUGGAAACAAGAGAAGGGUCUGCCAAGUUUAAUGUCUGCGCUCAAGCGUGGUGGCAUUGAAGGAAGGUUGAUGGAGUUUGUUCCACUCAACAAAAGGACAGAUGAAUAUUUUAGAUCAGUUUUUGAGUCAGCUGAUUUGGCUGAUAUUGUUAAAUUACACAAAGCUCAAGCCAGUCAAGAAGCAAAACGAGACCUGCAGCAGCUUCUUGUUGACGAUUUGGGGGAUAACAAACCCAUCAAGGACAUUGUUAGUGAUCUGAAGGAGAUGGCUCAAAGAUGCCACAUUCCUGAACAUGAAGUUAUUGGAUUGAUUUGGAAUGUUGUCAUGAGUCAAGCUGAAUGGAACAAAAAAGAAGAACUCGUUGCCGAACAAGCACUAAAACAUUUGAAGACUUACACUCCUUUGUUUGGUGCAUUCACUACUACUGCCAAAUCUGAGCUUGCUUUGAUUCUUAAAGUUCAAGAAUUCUGCUAUGAGAACAUGAACUUUAUGAAAGUCUUCCAGAAAAUAGUUCUACUCUUCUACAAAACUGAUGUAGUUUCAGAAGUAGUAAUUAUGAGGUGGUACAAAGACGGGCACUCAGUUAAAGGAAAAAUGCUAUUUUUAGACCAAAUGAAGAAAUUUGUCGAAUGGCUCCAAAAUGCUGAAGAAGAGUCUGAAUCUGGAGAGGAUGAGGACUAAUUACUUCAAACUACUAUAUCAAACAACAUUGCCAGGACUCAAAUGACAAGUCUUCUGUCCAAAAGUACAAUACAAGUUUUGGAAGAAGCUUGGAGCUCUUUGUAAAAACUUGUUUAUGACUUCUUAUAAAGAUAUGGAAAUGGAAUGUACAAAGUUCCGAAUUGAAUCAAGCAUCUGAUUUUUUGAAAUAACAAUAUUUAAUCAUGAAAAUAAAACGUAUGAAUAUAAUGGUAGUAUAAAAGAUGACUGUAAAUUUGAAAUGGCUCUGAAUUGUAUUAUUUUAAGGAAACUAUUUUGUGUUACAAUUUUUAUAACUCCAUUAUAAAAUGUAUACAGAAUAACAUAUAGAACAAACUGUUACUGUGUGUGUACACAUUUCAGAACCCUUACUUAAUUUGUAUAAUAAUUAUAUCAGUUUAUAAAAAUAUACUGUCAGGUGAUGUUUGAUAAUAA